AUGGCACCUUCAACUCCUGCGCCGAUGUAUCGAAUCCAACAGAUCCCCAGCAAAGGAAGAGGCCUUAUUGCAAGCCGCAAUAUCACUCGAGGCGAACGAAUCUUCUCCGAGAGCCCCUUCUUCAUAUUUCCAAACAUCGAAGAGACGACACCCACAAUACAAGUUUUCGGCCCGAAAGUCCAGGCCCUGGAUACCGAACAGCGAGGCUUGUUCGAAGGUCUCUACAACAAUUUCAGAUACUACGGUGUCCCCGCUUCGAUUGGAAUCAUCAAGACGAAUGCUCUUCGAGUGGACCACGAGACUGAUGCAGUCUUUCCCACGUUCUCGAUAAUCAAUCACUCCUGUCUACCGAAUGCGUCGUACAGCUGGAACGGCAAUAUCAUGAAAGGAACUCUACACGCUAUUCGCAAGAUCUUGGCAGGUGACGAAAUCACUAUUGCGUAUGGCGACCACGGACGAGGAUCUGAGGGUCAAUUUUCCUGCCUCUGCCCCCUCUGCACAAAGAGUGACGGAGCUGAACUCGCCAUGAGCGAUACCCGUCGAAAGGAGAUGCUAGAACUGGAGGAUGAGAUCUGGCAGUGGGGAAGGCCAAGACGAAAUCCUGAAGAGUUUCUCAGACUGUGCUAUAAUCUCGAGUGUCGUUUGCGAGAGGAGUACGAUAAUGCUCCCACACCGGCAGUGGCCGAGGUGUAUGAAUUUGCGGCGGGAAUUGCAGCUCGGCACAGCGAUGCGGGACGGGUCAUUGCUUUCAUGAAAUGGGCGUAUGCGGUGAGAUGCAUUUGUGAGGGCGAGGAUAAUCCCAAUACGCAGAAAUGUGCUUUACGGAUGGAGGAUGCCAGAGCUCAUCCUAAAUGGGGGAGAACGCAGUGGUGGGGUGCACAGCUGGAGAGACCGCCGACCUAUUUGCCGAUUGAGGAGUAUGUGAACUGGGUCUGGAGAUGGGGAAGAUGA